UUUCUUGGACCAUCCAUGUACAAUCUGAAGAUGUUUCUGACUUUGUUCCUCAUUAUUCUUGGGAUACAGACUUCUCUUACACUGAAACCCGCCUCUGAGUCUGCAGACAUUGUCCUUUUGAUUGACAGCUCCGAUGCCGUUGGCAGAAGGGCUUUUCCCUCUGUGAAAUCGUUUGUGAACAGAAUAAUCAGCAGUCUUCCAAUAGGCCCGAACAAAUAUCGUGUUGCACUUGUGCAAUACAGUGACGAUGUGCACAUUGAAGUUCAGCUGGAUGACUUUAAAGCAAGGAACCCCAUGUUGACCCACAUUAAAAAGAGCUUUACAUUCAGGGGUGGAUCUUUAAGAACCGGGAAUGCCAUACAAACGGUCCGUGAGACUUUUUUCAAAACCCCAAGAAAAGACAGAAACCAGAUUUUGGUGGUCUCAACCUCAGGGCGGUCAGAAGAUGCUGUGGAAGAUGCUGCAAAGGUAUUACAGGAUGAGGGGAUAAAGGUCAUAGCUUUGGGAACACAGGAUGCAUCUCUGCAAGAGCUGGAAGCAAUGGCUACCCACCCCUUCUACUAUUAUUUUGAUACACCGAGGGAUCUCCUAAUGUUUUCCGCAAACAUGUCUGAUGUCAUUAGAAAUGCCAUAGAAGUGGAUAUUAGCAUGUUCAUCUCAACGACUUCUCCACCUAGCACGGCCAUCUCAACGACUGCUCCUCCUAGUCUAGUAUUAAACGGAACAGCUUGGCCUUUAGCAGAUCCAGCUUGUCUUGAUUAUUCAGUUGCAGAUGUCGUAUUUGUGUUCGAUGAGAGCGUUUCAAGCACAAACACUAAACAUAUUGUAUCAUUCUUAGAAAACACGAUAAAGUCUCUUGAUAUGAAAAAAGAAUGCACAAGAAUUGGCUUAGUGGCAUACAGCUCUGAGCCAAAAGUAAUAUCUUCUCUGAGCACCGAAACAGAGGAAAGUGAUAUUCUGAAGGUAAUUCAGGGCUUUUCCCCCAAACCAGGAAAAGCUCACCUGGGUGCUGCCCUUAAUUUUACCAGGAAAGAAGUCUUUACUGAGGCUGCUGGAAGUAGAAAGACUUUAGGAGUGGAACAAGUAGUCACCAUCAUCACCCACAGACCCUCCGAUGACAACUUAACUGAUGCAGCUUCUCUCCUUAAAAGGGCUGGUGUGACAGUAUUUGCCAUAAGCAUUGAAGGGGCGAAUACCACCCAGUUAGCUCAGAUAACAUCACAUCCACCAGGAAAGAAUGUCAUAAAACUGGACAAAUUUUCAGACCUGCCAAAGCAAUCCGAAACAUUUAAGAAGAAACUCUUCAAUGAAAUAUUCAACAAGCUCUUUGUCCAAUCUACAAAAAAAGUGCAGCUCAAAGCAGGAUGUGUAAGCACAGAAAAGGCUGAUAUUUAUUUUCUCAUUGAUGGUUCUACAAGCAUCGAUUGGAAUGAUUUUGAUGAAAUGAAGACUUUUUUAAAGGAAGUGGUUAAGCUCUUUACUGUAGGACCUGAUCAUGUUCGAUUUGGAGUUGUGCAAUAUUCAAAUCAUUAUAGAACCGAAUUUGAACUUGAUGAGAACACUAAAAGCAGCAAUUUAGAGAAAGCCAUUAAUAAUAUAAAGCAAUUGAUAGGAGAUACAUAUACGGGAAAGGCUAUAAGUUCCAUGCAGCCAUUGUUUGAAAAGGCAAGAAAGCAGCGUGACAGCAAAGUGCCCUGCUAUCUCAUUGUGCUGACGGAUGGAGAGGCACAUGACGGUGUACUGGAACCUGCCAGGAAGCUAAGGAAUGAAGACGUCAUCAUCUAUGCUAUUGGUGUGAAAGAAGCCAAUAAAACACAGUUGAAUGAGAUUGCAGGCUCAACGUCCAGGGUUUACUUUGUGCAUCAGUUUGACUCCUUGAAAGAUAUAAAAAAUGAGGUUGUUCAAGACUUAUGCUCUGAAGAAGCCUGUAAAGAAAUGAAGGCUGACAUCAUGUUCCUAAUGGACAGCUCUGGUAGCAUAGGCCCUGACAACUUUGAGAAAAUGAAAGACUUCAUGAAGAUGCUGGUGAACAAAACUGACGUUGGUCCCGACCGUGUGCAGAUUGGUGUUGCCCAGUUCAGUGACAUAAAUAAAGGAGAGUUCCCACUCAACAAGUAUUAUGCAAAAACUGACAUCAAUGAGGCCAUUGGGAGACUGUCUCUCAUAGGUGAAACUACGCUUACUGGAGGAGCACUGAGAUUUGUUUCUGAAUAUUUUGAACCUGCCAAAGGGGCACGGCCUUCUGUCAACAAAAUUCUCAUCCUGAUCACAGAUGGGGAAGCACAAGAUGAAGUCAGAACUCCAGCUGCAGCCCUGAGAGAGAACGGGAUAAUUAUCUAUUCAGUUGGAAUAUUUAAUUCCAAUAAAACACAACUGGAAGAGAUAAGUGGGAAACCUGAGAUGGUGUUUUAUGUGGAAAACUUUGAUAUUCUGAAGCAGAUAGAAAAUGACAUUAUUUUUGGCAUUUGCAGUCCAUAUGAACCUGAAGUGUGCAAAAGGAUAGAACGUUUAGAUGUUGUAUUUGUAAUUGAUAGUUCUGGAAGCAUAGGUGACACAGACUAUAAGCUCAUGAAGGACUUCAUGAUUGGCAUUGUGAAUAAAUCAGAUGUUGGUGAGGACUACGUUCAGUUUGGAGCUAUGAAGUAUUCAGAUAAUCCACAAACUCUGUUCCACCUUAAUACUCAUAGUAAAAAAUCAGCAGUCAUUGAUGCUAUCCAGCAUGACGCCCAUUUAGGAGGCAACACAUACACAGCCGAGGCUCUUCAACACUCAGAAGGUCUGUUCACUGCGGUGCACGGCAGCCGCAAACGCAAAGGUGUCCCCCAAGUUCUUAUGAUCAUAACUGAUGGUGAUUCCCAUGAUAAGGAACACCUUCAUAAAAUAUCACAGAAACUCAGAGACAAUGGAAUUAUUAUCUAUGCCAUUGGGAUAAAAGGAGCAAAGAGUGAUGAACUUCUAACCAUGGCUGGAUCAAAAGAAUACAUGUUUUAUGUGGAUGAAUUUGAUGGGCUACAAAACAUAUCCAAGACAUUAUCAGAUGAACUAUGUAAUAUUUCAAAGCCAGAAUGUGAACUGGAAGCGGAGAUUGUUUUCUUGAUUGAUGGUUCCAGAAGUGUAUCCCAAGAUAUUUUCAAGAGGGUGAAGGACUUCUUGAAAGAACUGCUUGAUUUCAUUGGUUAUGACAAUAUAAAAGUUGGCAUGGCCCAAUUUAGUGACACGUAUCAAGAAGAAUUCAGCCUGGGUGGUUAUCAGAACAAAUCUGAACUGAAUGAUAAAAUCUCUAAUGUUUCAAUGAUGAGAGGUAACAAAACUUACAUUGGAAAGGCUCUUACUGAAGUGAAGCCCUUCUUCAAAUCAUCAAGGGACAGAGUACGUCGAAAUGUCCACCAGAAGUUGGUAUUAGUCACUGAUGGAAAAUCACAUGACAGGGUUGCCGAGCCAGCAAAAGAUCUGAGAAUGGAAGGUGUGGAGAUACAUGCGGUUGGAGUGGGAGAUAUCAAUCACAUGAAACUUCAACAGAUAACCGACUCCGCAGACAGGAAAUACACAGUGGCUAAUUACACUGAACUAUCAAAUAUUACAAAACGCAUAACAAACAACAUGUGUGAAGCCCUUAAAGCAACAUGUUUUGUGGAAGUUGUUAUGGGAUUUGACAUUUCAUCUCAGAAAGCAGGAGACCGUUUAUUCAAUAAACAACGCCUUUUGGAGGCCUACCUUCCUGAUAUUUUAAAGCGCUUUACAUCUUCAAGUACUGUGAGCUGCAAUAAAGGAACAGAAACACAGUUCAGUGUGGCAAUCCCAAUAGAAAAUACAGACCAUCCUCCUUUGGCAACUCUCCAAGUUGACCAUGAAAAAAUCCUAGGGAACCUCAAAAACGUUGUGAUCAAUGGUCCUUCUCAUCUCAAUGUCCAGUUCUUGGACACACUUUGGGGAAAAAAUCAAAAUCUGACUGAUAAUAAAAACCGAAGCAAGGUGUUUCUUCUUUUCUCUGAUGGCUUGGAUGAUGAUGAAAAAGCACUUGAACAAAAAUCUGAAGAAUUGAGAAAACGAGGACUGAAUGGAAUAAUAACCGUUGUCCUGGAAGGAGCCACCAACUUUGAUGAACUUCUGUCUAUUGAAUUUGGAAAGGGAUUUGGAUAUAAUGAUCAAUUAACUAUUGGUACACACAAUCUUGCCAGCAGGCUGUUUGAGUAUGUGGACAAAAUUGCUGAGAAAACAUGUUGCUGUGUAUAUUGUAAGUGUGUGGGAGAGGAAGGAUCCCCUGGACGAAUAGGGAAAAUGGGACCUCAGGGAUCUACUGGGUUUAAUGGCAGUCAGGGACAUUUGGGAGAAGAUGGAGAGCCAGGUCCGAGGGGAAUCCCUGGUCCAAUGGGCCCAAAAGGUCACAAUGGAGAAGGAGGUAAAAAAGGACGGAAGGGGGUGAGAGGCGUAGAUGGAUACAAGGGAGAGAAUGGGAUUGAUGGGAUUGAUGGGAUUGAUGGAGAAGAGGGAUCGGCUGGACUUCCAGGACUCAAAGCAGAAAAGGGGGACCCAGGCCUGGCGGGCAGCUCAGGACCAAGAGGGCUUCCUGGUGACCAUGGUCAGAAAGGCUUCCCAGGAGAACCUGGUAAUUUUGGAGUGGACAAUGUCAUAAAAGGAGCAGUUGGCCCCAAAGGGACGCAAGGGAGCGUGGGAGAAAAAGGUUCAAAAGGUUCAGCAGGCGUGAAAGGAUCCCAAGGAAACAAUGGAGCUGAGGGACGAAGAGGACCUCCAGGCCCACUGGGGCAGAAUGGAAUCCUGGGUCCAAAUGGUUUGCAAGGAGAGGAAGGAUUUCAAGGUCCACAGGGCACAACAGGAAUUGCUGGUGUGAAAGGAGAGAAAGGGCGUCCAGGAAAUGAAGGCGUUCAGGGAAGCUUUGGAGUGGCUGGUCCUAAGGGAAAUCUAGGGAAACCUGGAUCCAGAGGAAGUAAAGGAGAAACUGGGGAUCAUGGAGAGAAAGGAGGAAGAGGCCUCCGUGGUCAGCGAGGAAUGAGGGGGGAAGAAGGAACUGCUGGAUAUGGCAAACCAGGAAUUAAAGGGUCAAAGGGAGAAGAAGGUUUCCCGGGAAGCACUGGAAUACAGGGUGAACCCGGAGACAUGGGCAUUCCUGGGGAACAUGGACCAAAAGGGAGCAGAGGAAGAACGGGUACUUCAGGAUUGAAAGGUGGACAAGGUGAUCCAGGAGCAUGGGGUCCUCCAGGGCAUCCAGGUGCAAAAGGAGCAAGGGGGCUGCCCUUUUCUUCGCCCUGCGAAGUCAUUAAAUAUGUGCGUGGACACAGCCCCUGUUGGACAGGAACACCUCAGUGCCCAGUAUAUCCCACCGAAUUACUUUUUGCCUUGGAUGUAUCCCAAGAUACCACGCCCCAGAUAUUUGAGCAAAUGAGAGAGAUUGUCAUAGCGCUUGUAAACGAUACCAACUUCAGAGAGAGCAAUUGCCCCGUGGGAGCCAGAGUGGCCGUUGUUUCCUACAACUCCAAUACCCACUACCUGAUCCGCUUCUCAGAUUUCCACCGGAAGAGCCGGUUGCUCCAGGAGCUCAGUGCUCUUUCUUACCAGAGAUCAACAAGCAAACGGGACAUUGGUGGGUCUAUGAGGUUUGUUGCUAGGAAUGUCUUCAAGCGAACUCUCCAAGGUGCUAAUGUGAGAAAAGUGGCUGUGUUUUUCAGCAACGGCCCAUCCGACAAUCCAAGUUCUAUCGACACAGCAGUCCUGGAAUUCAGCGCCUUAGAUAUCCAUCCAGUGGUCGUUGCUUUUAAAAACAUUCCUGAAGUCAACCGUGCUUUUGCGAUGGAUGACACAAGAUUGUUCCAGGUUAUCAAUAUUCAUCAGGAGAGAGAUUACAGUACAGCCUUACAGAGAUUACAGUCAUGUGUGCUUUGCUACGACAAAUGCAACCCAGAUGAAUCUUGCUUCCGUCUUGACCCAUCCCCACCGGAGGCCUACAUGGAUGCAGCUUUCAUUCUGGACAGCUCAAGGAAAAUAAGCCCUGUUGAAUUUCAGAAAAUGAAAGAUUUCCUGAGCACGGCACUUGACAACUUUGACAUUGCUGCUGAUCCACAGACCUCUUUAAAGGGUGACAGGGUGGCCGUGGUGAGCCACGCUCCACUGGAAUUCAGACCCCAAACACGGAGGAGUCCAGUUAAAACGGAGUUUGACUUUGUGACUUUUAGCAAUAAAAGACGGAUGAAAAGGCACAUCCAGGCGUCUGUCCAGCAGCUGAAUGGAUCCGCUGCCGUUGGCCAUGCCAUACAGUGGACAGUCAAUAACAUAUUUUCAGUAACACCCAACCAGAGAAAAUACAAAGCUAUUUUCAUUAUAUCUGCUGGAGAAACAAGUCAGUGGGACAAGGAGGUGUUGGGCGAUGCAUCCUUGAGAGCCAAGUGCCGUGGCUAUGCGGUCUUCGUGCUCUCACUAGGGGCUGAGUAUGAUGCCGUAGAACUUGGCCAACUGGCAAGCGUCCCCCUGGAGCAACACUUGGUACAGCUGGGCAGAACCCACAAGGCCAAGCUUGGCUAUGCAGUGAAUUUUCUGAAGCCCUUCAUACGUCUCCUCAAGGCUGAAAUCAACAGCUAUCCACAAGCACAGCUCAAGAGAAGUUGUGCAAAAAUCAACACACAGAAGCCUAUCUAUGAUCCACAGAAGCAAACAGUCAUUUCUCCAGGUGUGAAGGCUGUGCCAAGUGGAGAUGAGGUUCUAGACGAUUUUCUCCCAAGUGAUUCUGCAUUACCUGAAAAUGUAAUUGGCAAUGCACAGCAGACCUUUGUACUUGAACAUUAACGAAGUGUUCAGAUGGGCAAUUAGGCUGAAGAAAUAGCCUCUAUGGAAUCAUGCCAAGAAGUAUUUUAUUGUCAUUGGUGCUGAUUCAUUUGUUUAGAAAACUGAACAAUCAAACAAAUAUCUAUAAAAACAGCAAAAGAGUUUUUUAAAAAUAUUGAAGACAAUUUGGAUGUUUGGGUGUGUAAAAUGACAUGUGUGACAGUCUGAAGAAUGUAUAGAUUAGAGGAAUUUCAUCUGUGGUUCUACCUCCUGAACAUUGUGACUUUCAUGUAGUAGAAGAAGAGGAAAAAUUAUGACAUAUAGAAGGCUAAAAGCCACAAUAAUGGCGUUCUAGUUUCCCGUUUCCAAUGUUUAGCCCAAUAUAUGCAUACUGGGUGUGCUACGUUUUGUAGCUGGGAACUUGCUGCUGUG